AUGGCCGCUAUCAUCUCGCGGGCUGCUCGGCCAGUCCUUAAUGGCACAACUGCUGCUGCUGUUCGGCCUGUUGUCAUCAACUCAGCCAACUAUGCGACUCUCCGUGAAAUCGAAGGCCGCCUCAAAUCAAUCCGCAACAUUGAAAAGAUUACCAAGACUAUGAAAAUUGUCGCCUCCACCAAGCUUACGCGUGCUCAAAAGGCGAUGACCGAGUCUCGAUCCUAUGGAAAAUCUUCAAACACAGUGUUUGAAAAGGCGGAGACGAAAGCUGAAAGUUUAGAGAACCGGAAAACACUCAUCGUCGUCUGCAGCUCAGAUAAGGGUCUUUGCGGUGGUAUUCAUUCAGGUCUUUCAAAAGCUACACGCGCUAUGGUAGAAGCUAAGUCGGACUCGGACAUUGUCGUGAUAGGGGAGAAGUCCAAGGCCCAGCUAUCUAGAGCUACGGGAAAGAACCUCGUGCUCAGCUUCGCAGGCGUGGGAAGAGAUGUUCCUACAUUUGCGGAUGCUCAGGCUAUCGCCGACCAAAUUUCUUUACUUCCAGAGGACUAUGCUUCAAUUAAAAUACUAUAUAACCAAUUUGUCAACGCACAGAGUUACUCUCCUGAGCCAAUCGAGGCGUUCUCGGAAGAAGCCAUCAAAAACUCCCCAAACUUUGCCGCUUUCGAAAUCGAUGAUGAAGUCCUGGCAAAUUUGAAAGAAUAUGCACUUGCCAAUUCCUUGUACUGGGCUCUCGCAGAGGGCCACGCAUGCGAGCAGUCUGCACGACGGAAUGCGAUGGAUAACGCUUCGAAAAACGCUGGCGACAUGAUCAGCAGAUAUUCUAUCCUUUACAAUCGAACCCGGCAAGCCGUCAUUACAAACGAAUUGGUUGAUAUCAUUACUGGUGCAUCAGCGGCGGCAUAG